AUGCCUGCACUUUCUGGACCUGCAGCCUCGAGCGGAGCUAACCGCAAUUCACUGGACUACAAUAAAGUCAUUCGUGGGUUCACUGCUGCUGCUAAGCAGCACACCAAGGCUGCAUUUGUCCCGCCCCCAGCAGACGCCAUCGAAGCGAUCCUAUUGGAGCUCUCCAAGCCCAAAAAGGAUCGCGUCGACAUUCUCGCAACGAUCAACCUGGCUAGGCCCUACACCCCUAAGGUGGCCAUGGCUCGUUUCACGCUCGGCGUCGAUGUAGUUUACCACAGCCAUCGUGCUGUCAUUCCUGGGACUGGGUGCCACACGAACGCAUGGCGUAUCUAUUUCUCGGACGCGGCUAUCCCUGACCAACUGCGGAUCAAUGGAGAACCAAUCAACCAAAUUAAAUACCAGCGAUUCGACUACCGUGUGUACUUCAAAGUAACUAAAGGGACUCCAUUCCAUGGGAUUAACGGAGUCUCGUCGCACUGUGUGGACAUCGAAGUAAAGCGCCCACACGAGGAAGCACCGGACGAUCAAACUGUUAACACCCCUGGCCCAAAAUCGUCGGUAAUUGGAAAUGCCAUAACGGUCACGUCAAAAAAGGCCAAAAAGGGCACCAAGCCUAUGCAACCAAAUAAAAACGUUGCGCUCACCGAGAGUAUUACCUCAGAAAUUCCGCCUCCACUUCGGCAAUUCGAUUCGACGCUUCAGCAGUCUAUUCGACCCGAAAAUUCCACCGGCGCUAUCGGGCCAGUCACUAGCGAAUACGAAAGCGUGUUCGAGGAUGAUGCGGAGGCUGGCAUCGACACUGAGGACACAUUCAUGGACAACAAUCAGUCCGUGGAAGUGGACGAAACGCAAGGAACCGACUCGCUCACCGCCAAAACCACUGGCGGAAUAUGCGACGCCGAAUUUCUUUGA